CCCGCAGACAAGACAGAGCCAGACCACUCACUGACUGCAUAUUUCUGGCCAAGCAUCCCAGAUUAUCUGCAUUCUGCACCACCCUCAAGCGAUCAGCAAAUCGUGCGUCAUACUCGUACCGUACAUCAGUCUCCGCUUGCUGCUCGCUGGCCAACCGUUAUUGCGGACACCGUUCCAGCACAGAUCCCCUACCAUCUGCAUCAUGUCUUUGUCAACAACGUUCAAGCCCUCUCCCCUGGGUUACGGAUCGCCUCCCAGCGUUCGAAACUCUCCAUUCCGCCGGGCCGACCCGCCUGCAUCGCCUUCACCACUCCGACAAAUAACACCAACGAGCUCGCCUACUAAAGCUGCCCCGACCACGCCCAGCAGAACGUCGAGGCUCGCGAGACCAACGACACCGACCGCCACCGACGACGUCCCCGAGACCCCAGAGCGAGAGAAGACACCAGGCAUGACUACUCCCACAAAGGUUUCACCACCUUCGUGGAAGCAUGGGUCAAAGCUAGCAGUGGGCGGCUCCCUUGGCGGCAGCAGCGCUCUCUCACAGCUUCAGCCUACUCAGGUUAGGACUCUAAGAGAUGGAUUUCAGAUUUUGGACCGAGAUUGCGACGGCAUUGUCAAUAGAGAGGAUGUGGCCGACAUGCUCGGGCAGCUUGGCCUCCCUUCAGGCUCCUCCGACAUAGGACGCUUCUUCCCGCCAUCAAAACCACAAACCAUGACGCUAGCCGCUUUCCUCAACUCUCUGGCGGAAUCCCUGGCGGUGCUGUCACCAAGCACCGAGCUCUUAUCUGCGUUCUCGGCCUUUGACGAGGACGACAGCGGUCAGAUCGACUGGGCGGAGCUGAGGGACGCUCUGCUCAACACACCGCCGGAAGCCGGGCAGUCGGCCCUCAGCGCCGCAGAAGUCGACAAGGUCGUCGAGGGGUUCACUGGUCGUCGAGCCUUCAACCGGAACAUGAACGCGCAGAUAUCGGCAAGGAGGGGCGAGGUGUUUAAAUACCAGGAGUUUGUCCACUCAAUCAUAGGUUCCAACGGCGGGUCCGAAGGAGGGUCUCACGAGAGAUCCGAGGAGUAGUGACGAGGUGAUUGGCUUGGCUGUCAUUCCGCAUUCCGCUCACUGGUGGCUUUCCCGGGGUUUUCGUUUCCAGUUGACACGAGUGACACGAUGCAGUUACCAGGAGUGUUACUGGACAGGCACGGGUACAGGUACCAGGGCCGGGCCGGGCCUGGCUCCGUGUGAUAUGUAUGGGCCUGUUAAGGAGGACGAAUGAGCUGUUUGAAUCCUGCUGCGCAUUCUAAUUUUCUUUGAUUUCUUUUUGGUUUCUUUCCUUUGGGUAUCCUGCACAUGUGUACUGUACGAAAUAUAUGGGAUUAGGUACGAUUAAUGGCUGCAUAAUUAAUACAUACAUACAUACCACGGCACAAAUAAGUAUUGGGAGGAGAUUAUGCUCCGCGCCAGGAGCGUAGACGUGGGAAACAAUCUGCAAAUCGCUCCAUACCGUGCUCAAUCUUUAUUUUGAUUCGCAUUUCCAAAGG